AUGCUAGCUGCUAGGCGUGCGCCAGCACAUAGUGUUAGCCGCUAUGUGACCAGUACUUUUGCUUCUGCUUCAACACAUUCUGGCCGCACUGCGGCAUAUAGGAGAUUAAACACACUCUCUACUCUACCGAAGCCCCAUCGCGAGAACGCGCCACUCCUUCAGCGGUCGAACAUCUUCUCAUCUCAACAUGCGCCACCGUCCGUAGCCGCACUAAUUCGGCCGUUCCACUACUCUGGACUACGGCCACAGGAGCCCAAACCGAAAGAUGGUAUAAGAGAUUCGCCGCGGCCUGCAGAGCCUGCAGAGCCGUCAGAGCAGAAGGCAUCCGAGGAGCCUAAGUCCGAGGAGGGCAAGGAAGGCGAAAAGAAAGAGGGAGAAGAUGGCAAAGAACAGAAGAAGGAAGAGGCACCUCCGCCACCUCAUGGCGACAAGACGCCAUGGCAGGUUUUCACCGAGACUUUGAGGACUGAAUUCAAAGCAUCGCAAGAAUGGCAAGACUCGACAAAACAGCUGGCUGGAGAAGUCAAAGCUUUCAAUGAGUCUGACAGUGUGCGCAAAGCACGGGAAGCCUCGUCAGCCGUGACUGGAGGAGCCAGAAAAGUGGUCAGAGGCACGGGCGAGGUCGUCGGGAAAGGUGUCUCAUUUGCCUGGAACACGUCUGCUGUGCAAGGAGUGCGAGCGGGUGUGAAUGCUACAGGAAGAGGCUUGGAGAAGGCCAGUAGACCUAUAAGGGAGACACAGGCUUUCAAGGAUCUUUCCGACGCCCUCGACGACGGCAGCAGCGCUCGCUACGGCGGUUGGACAGAGCGGGAGGAGCGCAAGAGACUGCGCGAGCAGCGUGAGCAGGAACGCCUGACUCGAGGCGGCAAGCCCAUCGAACCUAUGGUUGAGAACCCUGAUGCUGGUACGAAUGUCACAGUACACAAGGACUCGGCCUGGAAAGAGUCAUGGAACGAAUUCAAAAGCAACUCGAAAGUCAUGCAGGGUCUUUUCAACAUGAGAAACACUUAUGAAGAGUCAGAGAAUCCUCUCAUUUCGACUGCCCGAUCGAUAGGCGACCGAGUCGCUGGGUUCUUUGCCGAGAACGAGACAGCUAAGGUCAUCAAGAAGUUCCGAGAGAUCGACCCCAACUUCCAACUGGAGCCCUUCCUACGAGAAAUGCGGGAAUACAUGCUGCCCGAAGUUUUGGAUGCCUACGUUAAGGGAGACGUCGAGACGCUGAAGCUAUGGCUAUCGGCCGCGCAGUUCCAGGUCUGGCAAGCUCUAAUGGAUCAGUACACGAAAGCUGGCCUCAAGUCGGACGGCAAGAUCUUGGAUAUUCGGCACGUCGAUAUUAUGAAUGCUCGGAUCUUGGAGCCCGGCGACAUUCCGGUGUUCAUCAUCACCUGCCGGACACAAGAGGUUCAUGUCUAUCGAAAGAAGAAGACGAACGAGCUAGCAGCGGUCAACAAUCCUGAGACGAGGGGCUGGAGGUUCAUCGAGCUGCAAAAGGCUGCAAGGGACUAUAUCUGA